GAGGAGCGGGACCCCUGAUGCGGUCAUCUCCAGGACUAUGUCUUGUUAAUCUAGCGGCAGACCGCCUCUUCCAGUCUUUUCCAGCGACCGAGUGACUCGAGCGACCAUGAUCAAACAGGUGUCCCGGGUGGGCACCACGCUGCCGCCGGACGCCAUGGACAUCAUCCGGAGCAAGAACCACUCCCGCCGGGUGAGGCUCAACGUCGGCGGGCUUCUCCACGAGGUCCUGUGGAGGACGCUGGACCGGCUGCCCCGCACGAGACUCGGCAAGCUGAGGGACUGCAACACCCACGACUCCAUCAUGGAGAUAUGCGACGAUUACAGCUUGGAUAACAACGAGUACUUCUUCGACAGACACCCCGGCGCCUUCACCUCCAUCCUGAACUUCUACCGCACCGGGAAGUUGCACAUGAUGGAGGAGAUGUGCGCACUGUCGUUCAGCCAGGAGCUGGACUUCUGGGGCAUCGACGAGAUCUACCUGGAGUCCUGCUGCCAGGCCAGGUAUCACCAGAAGAAGGAACAGAUGAACGAAGAGCUGAAAAGAGAAGCGGAGAACAUGAGGGAGAGGGAAGGCGAGGAGUUUACCACCACAUGUUGUUCUGAGAAGAGGAAGAAACUCUGGGAUCUCUUGGAGAAGCCAAGUUCAUCAUUCGCAGCCAAGAUCCUGGCUAUCAUCUCCAUCCUCUUCAUCGUGCUGUCCACCAUUGCCUUGUCUUUGAACACCCUUCCGGAGCUGCAGGACACUGAUGAGUUUGGCCAGUCGACAGACAACCCACAACUGGCCCAUGUGGAGGCUGUGUGCAUCGCCUGGUUUACCAUGGAGUACCUGCUGCGAUUUCUGUCGUCCCCCAACAAAUGGAAGUUCUUCAAGGGUCCUCUGAAUGUCAUUGACCUGCUGGCCAUCCUACCGUACUACGUCACCAUUUUCCUAACAGAAUCCAACAAGAGUGUGCUUCAGUUUCAAAACGUCCGACGUGUGGUUCAGAUUUUCCGAAUCAUGAGGAUCUUGCGCAUCCUGAAGCUGGCCCGUCACUCCACAGGUCUUCAGUCUCUGGGCUUCACUCUCAGAAGAAGCUACAAUGAGCUGGGCUUGCUCAUCCUCUUCUUAGCCAUGGGUAUCAUGAUAUUCUCCAGCCUAGUGUUCUUUGCUGAGAAGGAUGAAGAAGACACCAAGUUCAAAAGUAUCCCAGCGUCCUUCUGGUGGGCGACCAUCACGAUGACCACAGUAGGCUAUGGCGAUAUUUACCCCAAAACCUUGCUGGGAAAGAUCGUCGGGGGUUUGUGUUGUAUUGCAGGAGUACUGGUGAUCGCCUUACCUAUUCCCAUCAUUGUCAAUAACUUCUCUGAGUUCUACAAAGAGCAGAAGCGACAGGAAAAAGCCAUCAAAAGACGAGAAGCCCUGGAGAGGGCUAAGAGAAAUGGCAGCAUCGUCUCUAUGAAUAUCAAAGACACUUUUGGACGCGGUGUGGAGCUCAUGGAUGUGAUGGUGGACAGAACUAGUGAAAAGAAGGAGAAAGAGCACGAUAAUCAUGUGUCUCCUAUUCCAGAGAGAGGCACUCCCAAUCUCAAGCCACAGACGAGCCACAGCAGCCCAGCGAAGACCCUGGAGUCCAGCCAUCAGGAGCAGGCCAAGCCGUCCGGCAGCCCGCAGCAUCUCAGCGCACAGAAACUGGAGGAGAUGUACAACAAGAUGGCAAAGACGCAGUCUCAAACUGACCUCAACAGCAAGGAGAAGGGAAUCCCGUCCAAAUCAGCCCGGCAGAAAGCCGAGAUUGAGAUGGGAGCCAUUCCUGCUGAGGCCUUCUCGACCACAGCGAAUGCAGUGACGGACAUGAAGAGCAUGUCCAGCAUCGACAGCUUUAUCAGCUGUGCCACCGACUUCCUUGAGAGCGCUCGCUUUUCCCAGAGCCCCGGCAGCAACGUGACAGGGAGGGUCAGCACCAACCCCAGCCUGGAGCCCACCUUGGAAAAUGAAAACGAAGGAUCGCAGGGCCCUCUGACGGGGGAGCUCGCCAAGUCAAGCCCAUACUGUGACAGCCCCGCAGGCCCGCGCUGCAAUAACCCGCUCAAAAGCCGUUCGCUCAGGGUGAACUUCAGAGGCGGCGAGGAUUCGGGGACGGGAGUCGCCUCGGACAGCUCAUCUGUUCAGAGCCCCGAGGCGUCCGUCUACACCACCGCCAGCAGCAGGACGCCCAGCAAGAGCCCCGAGAACGCACGGCCCGGCAUCUUCACCUUCCACGACACGUCCAUCAACAAGUUCAUUGAUGCUGACACCGAUGAGGAGGAGCACCUGCACGACGGUUCGAGCACCAAUGCAACCCAGAGACUCCUGGAAAGAGCCAGCCCCAGAGGCGGCCAUCGCUCCAGCUUCCAGCAGGGCGCCAACCACACGGCGGGCCUCCAGAGGAAGCUGGGGAACAGCACACAGCCAUUAGAGGGGCAGGAGAACCACGUGGCUCAGGAACUACAGCCGCUUCAGGGAGAGCAGGGUCACUCUUAACUCUUCAGGUCACAAAAAG